AUGUCGACCGAUGGAAGUGAUAUAACAAGAGCUGUGCUGGAUGGCAACGUUGGCAUUGUGAAGAAUUUGCUUUCCAAAGACCCGAAAUUGGUGUUUACUAAAGAUGAGGAUUCAAGAACUCCGUUACACUGGGCGGUUUCCUUACAAAAGCCAGAAAUGGUCAAAAUAUUACUUGAUCCAUAUUCCAAUGUUACAGAAGAUGUUUUGAAGUCUUUGGAGAAGACCGAGAUUGAUAUAGAUGAUAUGGUUGAUGAUUCUGGUUGGACACCAUUACAUAUUGCAGCAGCUGCAGGCAGUUUUGAGAUUUUCAAGGAACUGGCAACCCAUGUUAGUUUACCCGAUGUGCAGCUACAGACAUCGACUGGUCAAACCUGUCUACAUUAUGCUGUGAGUAAAAAUAACUAUGAGAUAGUCAAUUUCUUACUAACCCAUUUGGGUGCAAGUACACGUAUUAAGGACAAAAAGGGACAGCUGCCUAUUCAUAGGGCUGCUGCAGUUGGGUCUACUAGGAUGGUUGACAUCUUAGUCCAGACGGGAAAGUCGCCUGUAGAUCCUGCUGACUCAUUUGGGUAUCUACCUAUUCAUUAUGCCCUUGCGGAAGGCCACGGUGAAGUUGCAGUUCAAUUAGUUGUUUUAGGAUCGGCAUGGAAAACUCCUGUUUCUUCCGGAGAGAGCACUCUAAGUAUAGCAGUGGAUGAUAAGGUUCGAAGCUUUUUUAAAAGCACCCUGUUGAAUGAAGGUUUAGCAGAAGAAGCUGAUUUUGAGAGCCUUUGA